AUGAAGUGGCGAGCCCCAUGGGAACCAUGCGGACACGGCAGGAGUAGCUCGGGGACCAUUCCGCGCACCGCGACAGUCACUGUUGUUGCGAAACUCUCGAUCGAACACGACCAGCACCUCGCUCGAGAGGCGAACAACUAUCAAUCGUUCCCUGACCACUUCUUCCAACAUUGGAACGGAUAUAAUGUCAUGCCCCCUAUUCACGAUCCUGUCCCAGUCGGGGCACUCUGUCCGCAGUUCUACGGUUACUACACACCCGAUGAUCCAACUGAUGGCACGAGUCAUCCCAACUAUCUGAGUCCGAUCUUACUCCUGGAGUACUGUGGCAGGGAGAUAGACCCAGAUGAGUUGUGCGUGGACGACAAGCAAGAGUGCGCGUCGCUUGUCUUCCGCUUUCAUCAUGCGGGGUGGUUGCACGAGUCAUUCGCAGCGCGGAACAUCCUGUGGCAACAAGGCAAGCCAACGGAGUGGCCAAUCCAGCGGCCGUUUUCGACCAAGAGCUUCCGCCUGAUAGACUUCGGUAGAUCGAAAAAAUUGGACAGUUCAUUAACGAGGGCGCACGAAGAAGACACAGCCUUGCGCCUUCUCCACUUGUUGCAUCAUGCGAGUUAA